AUGCCGAUUGUAGCUCUGACAGCAAACAACACUUUGUACCGCUAUCACUUUAAAGUGGUGAUGGCCUCAUACAACUGUAUCAUCAGUGACACCCAAGACAUUGUGAAACAGCAUCAGAAAAUGGAGCCAGAGGUCGAAGCCCCAGACAACAAUCACAACCUGGUCCCUUGGUCGGGUUCAGAUGGUUCCCAGGAACUUUGUGCCUCUGAGUCCUUGGCGGAGUCCUUUGAUGAGGAUGAUAUUAGUGAUGAGGACCCUUUAGACCCGGAGCCUCCUCAUACCCCUAAGUCUGACCCUGGGUCCCCAGAACGCCCUCAGCCACAAGAAUGGGAAUCUGCAGGUGAGCAACAGUCCCUGGCUGAACUUAGUGGAAGUGAUGAGGAUGUUUCUUACAAAGAAGAGGACAAUAUCUACCUCAGUGAAUCGAGAGAGUCUCCUCACAUCCAAACCUCACCAGUAUCCCUGUCCCCACACAAAGAGCACCCUGACUCUGAGCCUCAGGCCAGCCAAACAUCCCCAGUGCAUUCCCCGUCAUCUUCCUCCUCCCUUGGCUAUGCUGCUGACCUGACCCUGGCCUUGACCCUGACCACAGAGGAGCCGCAGGGAGCCAGUAAUAGGCAGGACCCAGCCCCUGGGAACAGGAGGAUUGAAUCUUCAGAGGAAGGAGGGAGUAGUGAGGCACCUCCUGCUCCUGUCUUCUUUGAAAUUUCAGACGAGGGUGCUGAGCAGGCAGAGAAGUGGAACUCAGAGUCUGCCACAGAUCUGUGCAGACCAGACAGGCACAGGGGAAGAUACACACGGCUCAUUCACAGCGAGAGCCAAUCAGAAAGGCACGUGAAGGAGACCAAGUCUAAAUGUAAACGAAUCGCCCGGCUUCUAACUGAUGCACCCAAUCCUCAAAAUAAGGGAGCCUUGCUGUUUAAAAAACGUCGCCAGCGGGUCAAGAAGUACACACUCGUGAGUUACGGGACUGGCAAUAGGCUCCACAGCGAAGACCAGAUAGAGGAGGAAUCCGAAGAAGUCCGAUCAGCCGCGUAUAACUUUGUGGCGACGAGUGAUUCCGAGUUAGAGGAGGAGUAUUCUGUUUAUCACCAGCAGCGUAAUUUGAGUCUGAAUUGGGGAGGUGUUCAAGAAAUGGAGGCGCUACCAGAGACAAAAGGGAAGGGAGUUAUGAUGUUUGUCCAACGCCGCAGGAGGAUGGACGAGAUAAUGUCAGAGCAUGAAGAAAUGAGGAAUAAAGGAUUACCCGUGGAGGCGCUAACAGAGCCUGAAUGUACAGAAGCACAGACUAUGUAUGACACUAAGGAAAUGUACAUGCUUAAUAACCAGGCCGACUACAUGGAUGCAAGUCACAAGCAGCAUGAAUACCAAGAAAAUAUCCAACAGAUGAAUCACCUAGCCAAUGUGCCAAGACCCCUGGUGCCAAACAGAACUGCAAGGCCCUUCCUAGGAUUUCAAGGUGGCACAACUGCUGCUGUCAUGCCUGGUGGCGCUGUUCCAGUCACAAGGAAGAACGAACCAAGAUUCAAAGUAUCUGUGCCUAUCAACACUAUCCCACAUGUUUGGUCCCCGACUGGAGACAUCAUAGCCUCAAGAGAUGAGCGGAUAUCUGUGCCAGCUAUCAAGUCGGGGAUCCUGCCAGAGUCAAAAAGGAAAGGCACUAAAAAGCAGUCGUCAGCGCUGGCACAAGAAUCAAAUCCCCACCUACAACGCAAAGGGGAAAGGAGGUCUUAUAUUGAGUCAGAGGAAGACUGCUUUAGUCUCGGAGCUGAAGCUUGCAACUUUAUGCAACCAAGAACAAUAAAACUCAAGAAUCCCCCUCCAGUGGCCCCAAAACCCACCAUCAACCCAUCCUGUCCACCUUGGAUGAGCAGGAGUCCCUCUGCUGAACCGUAUAUUCCACCAAGAAGUCCCGUUUCACAACCUUCUCACAGUCCCGGAGCGCCUCACAGUCAGCAUUACUUACAGCAGCAAGAUUGGGCUCAGCAGCAACAGAUGGUCAACCGUUGGGCACCAGAUCAAACUCAGGCAACACUUCAAACACCUGCCAACGCCUGGGCUCCGGUCAACCCUUCUCCUCAGCUUCAUCUUCAGCCAACCACAAAUAGCUGGAAUCAGCAGCCAUCACGAUCCCCUGUGAGUAUCCAGGCCCGCAGUCCUACCUACAGCCCACAUCACCCACCUUCACCCUCAAGGAAUAAGUCCGACAGUGUUCCAAACUCAGUUGCUUCUUGCCCACCAAAAUCAGGGAAGUCAUACGUCCAUGCACCAAAAGCAGCGCAGCCUUCUCCAAAGGGUCGAGUCUCAGACAGAGGUGUUAAUCGACCUGGUGAUGGUUCAACUAUGGCAGGAAAAGGUGCACAGCUGUUUGCAAGAAGACAGUCCCGCAUGGAGAAGUUUGUUGUUGAUGCUGAAACUGUGCAAGCGAAUAAAAGGAGAUCCCCCUCCCCAGCCUCCUCCCUCCCUAACUUCUGGAGGUAUUCUUCCAAUGUCCGCGCCCCUCCCCCUUUAUCGUACAAUCCCCUUCUUGCUCCUUUCUAUCCUCCAUCAGCAGCCAAGCAGCCCCCUCCCACAAGCUCCAAAGUCAAGCCUAAGACCAAAGAAAAACCUAAAGCACCCCAAAAGCACCUAAAUGCCUUAGAUAUCAUGAAACAUCAACCUUAUCAGUUGGACUCAUCACUGUUCAAGUAUGAUGCAGUCCCUGAGGCCAAAAGCCCCAGCCCCAGCCCCAACCCCAAACCUACUCCGGCAUCAAAGUUUGAGGCAAAAAAAAGUCUCAAACUUAGAUCUGCCUCUUCUCCUUCUACUUAUAACACAUCUGAGCUCGCUGUUCAGGCCAAGGCAGAAGCCCCCACUAAGUAUCCUGGAUCGGUAAGUUCCCAAAACUCUUCUGCCUGCCAAAACACGAGAUCAGCUGAGACUCUCGCGACUGACAAGCGCUUGGAUGAAAAGCACACUGUCACACCUGCGGCCCAUCACAUAAGCAACAAGCAAGCACCAAGCGCCCGGCCCGCAAGCACCUCCUCCACGCUGUCAUCUACCGGUGACAGCAUAGCUUCAGCUUUUUCUCCUGCAUCUCUUAUUGCUCGAGGCGCACGUCAAAUGGCUCCUCGUCCAAAGUUCUCUGCCAAGAAGCCGGUAGUGGCAGUCAAACAGUGGCGGGCUGUUGCUCUGAUUCAUUAGUCCUAAUACUGUUUAUGGUCAUUGGUGGAGACGCCACUGAGACGAUGGAACACUAGCACCUAAUAUGUCUUAUACUUAACUGGUGGAAACUACUCUGGUCUUAAAAGAGUCCUCGCUUCCUACUGAUGUCCACGUUCACAUUUAUUUGGGCCUGAAGCAUCAUGGAACAUCACAAAAACUAGAAGACAUAAAAAGCAAAUAGUUUAUGCAUAAAGCUGAAAACAACAACAGAAGAGAUAAUAUGCCUCUCAUAUUAGCUUUCAAAUUCAAUAACCAGUAAUAAGGUAACUUAAUUACUUAUUACCAUAAAACCAUAAAAGUCUGUUGUUUUCAUGCGCUAUUUUCCCUUGUAAAAUAAUUGAACUCAUUCAUCAUCAUGAAUAUAGAAAGGAAACUUAAUAAAUACCUUAAUAAACAGAUUACCCAAGACGGCAGUGAACAAGAUGGAUUAUACUUUGUUAGGAAACCUUUUUUUCAAUAAACAUUUGAAAAUUGUGCAUAUUGACUUUCAUGCACAUACCUUUCCCGAUAACAACUAAAAUAAAUAACUUGAACAUAUUAUAUCAUCUUCCUUUAAUCUGUGAGGUUCACUAGUGCUUAAAAAAGGAAACAUGAGACUAAAUAAUGUUUAGCGAUUCUCAGGAAGUGCUAUUACCUGUGCAAUAAUGUGUGUUAAGAGCCUUGUUCAACUCAGGGCUCCAGUUUGUGUUUGUGUUUUAUAAGAAAUAGGUUUGCAUGAACUUGUAUGUAGCAGUAGUCACAACCAACCCCCAAAACUACACACAAUAAUAACAUAAAUAAAACAAAAGUUAAGUCCAAAAUCUUCAAAUUAUAAUUCUGUCAUCUGGGAUAAGAGUAACUCAUUUGUACAAUUAUAUUUAUGGAAUAUUUUGAAUCACUCAGUGUGUUUGGGGAGAAACUGUCUAUGCACUUCUUUUUUUGGAUGCAAUUCCUUCAGUCUCAUUCCAAACUUUGAUGAUUUCAUGACGACUAAAAGCAUAAAGUUGAGUUGUGAUCAUGAACCCUGAUGACUUUAAAUGUGUUUUUUUGUGGAUCGUCAGUUAUGGCCAGUUCUUAAACUGUCUCUAAAGUCAUUAGACUUAUAUCCUCAUCCUUGAUGUAAAACAUGAGCAGAACAUCCCAGAGGUCUGAGUUUUAUGUUUCUGAUUCACAUCAUUUAUAGCAACUAAAAAAAUGAAAGUGCGAAAAAACAAACAUUUUCUUGUGUGUCUUUAUGUCUGUGUCUUUCUGACAUAUCACUGUUUAUUGCACUUCUUGUACUCUGCACAAUCAUCCUAUUAAACUUCUCUUUCCUUCUCCCUA